AUGACCUUUUGCAAUAUGAAGCCCAAAUCCGGCAAUCGUUUCAGAGUCUGUGGAACUCCUUCACGGACAGGAUGUAUUACCUGCAAAAUCCGAAGAGUCAAGUGUGGAGAAGAGAAGCCGUGUUGCAAGAGAUGUACCUCAACAGGACGGAAGUGUGACGGGUAUGCUCCUGUCAAACCUUCCGACGGUUCACGGAAAUCUCCAUCAUCACCAGCGAAAUACCCCUCACCAAGCCCCAACCUAGAUCCUGCAGAACAGCGGUUACUGUACUUCUUUCGAACAUUUACGGCACCCAAGUUAUCUGGGUACUUCUCUCCAGACUUCUGGGAAUGCAGAGUAAUCCAAGCAACCGACUUUGAACCUGCAAUUCGACAUGCCGCCAUUGCCAUUGCUGCCGUUCAUCAAGACUAUGUUGGCUGGCAACAGAGCAAGGUCUACGAUCCUUCAAUACAAUCUUUUGCCUUUCGACAAUAUACCAAAGCCAUCAGUUACCUGUACCAGUUAAUGUCGACUCAAACACAACAUUUGGAUAUCACAUUAACAGCGUGCAUUUUAUUUAUUAGCUUUGACUGUCUACUGGGAAAUCAUGAAUCAGCCAUCAUACAUCUAAAAUCUGGAUUGAAGAUCCUAGAAGACAUUAAGGUGAAGAAAGUACCUGGUGGCAGCUCUGCUCACGAAUGGGAGCGGGAAUUUUCACCACUGUUGCUCUCCCUCGGAAUUCAGGCAGCUUCAUUUGCCAACCCAAGGCAGCGGGUAGAUCGCCUAGCGCUUUGGGUUGCACUGAAGAAUGCUGGAUUAUCAGCUCAACCAACCCGGUUUUACUCUCUAGAUGAGGCACGACAUGCCCUUAACACAUUAACGGCAGACAUUACGGCCGAUAGAACGGCUGCCGCUGACCGUACAAUGGAUCGGCAAAGUCCCCACCCCAGAAGCAAUGAGGGACUUCGACACAUUGCUGCAAUGCAAGCGUGGUCAGAAACCUUUGAGAUAUUCCUCCUCGAAUCCAUGCCGGAGGAUAGAACCAUCAUUACCAAGCACGACCUAGGCGCAUCAUUACUCAAGCUUCACUCACUCAUUUUCUCCAUUGUCAUCGAGACACCGGAGCCAAGCCACAAGAAGUUUGACGAAGUCCUCGCCCAUUGCGAGUUCCUCAUCGCUGCUAAGAUCAAUUCUCCUUUUCCCAACGAAAAUCUGAACUUCACAGCAACAAUGGGUCUCAUUGCACCUCUAUUUUUCACAGUUAUGAGAUCACCAAAUCGGGCAAUUCAACAAAGAGCCGUCGAUUUACUUUCCCGCUCGCCAGGAAGAGAAGGCACGUGGGACGCCGACGAUGCACUUCGAAUAGCAGGCGAAACUGCCGAAGCAGCUGGAUAUUAUCAGGACUUCGAUCCACCAUUUUUUUCUGUAUCAGGCUCUAUGUCUCCUCAAUCGGAAGUGGGCAUGAAGAGCUUCAUGGAGGAUCGCAUGAUAUGGCCAUUCGGCGAGAAAUAUCACCCUGAUUUGACGCAUCGGGCGUCAAUGGUGCACGAG